AUGCGGGAGUUUGCAGACGUGCGCAUAGCGUACGGGACCAGCGACGAAUACAGCUUUGUGCUGCACCACUCCUCGGGCUUGUAUGGCCGCCGCAGCAGCAAGAUCGUGUCCGUCGUGGCCUCGUGUUUUGCCGCAAACUACGUGCGCUGGUGGGGCAACCUCAUGGGCGGGACGCCCCUCAGGACAACGCCGGUGUUUGACGGCCGCGCGGUGUGUUACCCGGACGCCGCCACCCUGCGGGACUACCUCAGCUGGCGGCAGGCGGACUGCCACAUCAACAACCAGGCGCGCCGCCAGGGGCGCUUUUGCACGCGCGGGGCGGGCGAGGCGUCUUUGGGAGCACGCCUGUGCUCUGAGGCAGCCUCUGCCAGGGGCGAUCCUUACAACACGCCGUACUGGGAGCUGGUCAAGAGCGGCCUCAAGCCGCCGGACGCGCAGGCGGCGCUGUCGGGCAGCGACGCGGGCUUCAAGAACGAGCUGCUGUUCUCAAGGUUUGGCAUCAACUACAACGAGCUGCCAGAGCAGUUUAGGAAGGGCUCGGUGGUGGUGCGGCGGCGCGAGCGCGUUGUGGUUAAACACCGGGAUGACGGCACCCCCGUGGAGCGGGAGCGGCCGGGGCUGGCGGUGCUGCACUGUGACAUCAUCGGGGAGCGCUUCUGGCAGGAGCACCCAGACAUACUGUGA